AUGGAUCAGGCCGAUAUACCGGCGCUGCUCUCGCGCCUCGCUAGUGACGAGGAUGCAGCGCGCAAGAUGGCAGUGUUCAAACUCCAGUCGUCCAUCAACGACCCGGCUUUCGCCGAUGUCUUCAUCGCCUCGGGCGGCCUCGUCGUUCUACGCCGCCUCAUAAUGACCACUGGCGGAAACACGCUGGCAUAUUCGUUACAAAGCUUGAGUCGACUGCUUGAAGUCGACAUGGGCUGGGAUAUCUUUGAGGGCCCCAAUGCGGGAGAGCUUGUCGAGCGUGUGGUCGAGCUUAUUGUUACCAACCCGCUCGUCAAUAUUCUACGGGGCGCCAUGUCCAUCUUGGUCGGCCUUGUCAGCCAUUCGCAAUCGACGGCCCGCGGGGGCACGCCACGUACGCCAGGCACCUUUGGUUUCAGGGCGCUCAAGCCUGCGGUCGCGGUGUACCCGCAAUUCUUCGAACUGGUCAUCAUGCAGUUGCAAUCGGCAGACCACGCCCUUUGCGCCAAUGCCUUGAUGCUAAUCAACGCGCUCAUACGGGAUGCGGUAUCCAACGACAGUGGGCCUACCUUGCUCGUGUCAAGCGCAAAGGGGACAGUGCCUCCUGGUGAGGAGUGGUCCAAAUUUAUCAAGAAGCUUCAGGAUCUGGGACUGAUCAAGGCGGUGUACAACCUCAUGCAAAGUUCAUCGUUGCAGGACCUCGCGCACUCGUUACUCGAAUUUCAGACACUCACAAAGAUCCUGCUUCAAAAAUGGAGGGCGGUCCGGGUGGACUUGGAGCGGCCAGAGCACAGGAGAGCGCUGAAGGGUUUACAUCUUGCGAGCGCACCGGAAAGACGGCAGACUAACGGAGGCUUGACGACCUUGUCCCCCACAGGAAGACCAUCAACGGCCGCGACAGUUGUGGCCAGGGAAGAGGGAGAAAAGGAAACCGGCGGUGAGACUGCAGCAGGGAGGAAAUCAAGCCGACGACAUAACCCCGAGAAGUGGAGGAGAUUAGGCUUCGAAACAGAAUCACCCGCAUCCGAGUUCGAAGUGGCCGGCUUCCUAGGCAUGAUGGACCUGACAGACUACGUGCGCAAAAACGAGGAUGGCUUCCAGAAGCUGCUGCUCGAGCAGUCCAGCAGGCCACUCAACGAACGAUGCCCCGUGGCGCGGGCUAGUUUGGCCGUGACGAUGAUAUUGUAUGAGCACUUCGAGAUUGAGAAAUGCGAUCUGGACGAUAUCAGAAACGGCGGCUACUACCAGCUUAUCGACGGAGGCGGCAAAGCCCAUGACAAACUCUUCCGCCCACUGUUGCUUCAAUGGUCACGACUACACACCGCGGGACUACAUGCCUUCUUCCGGAUGUGGAAGGCGACUGGGGCGACUCGAUAUGAUUUCGACAAGGUAGCAGAGCUCGUUCGGAUCUUGAUCGAUCAAGUGGUCGGGCAAGCCAGCAGGAGCAAGGACGUGCUGGAGGUUGAAGAUGAACUGCAUGAGUAUGAUUCCGGAAGGCUACGAGAGCUGCAGAUGGAUCUGCUAGAGCUCUCAUUCGAGGAUCAAUGGGGUUCCCAUCUCUUCCAGGUUCGUGAAGAACUUAAGCACGAAGCACUGCAGUUCGUCAAAGAGCAGCGUAUUCGUUGUCUUUUGCAAGGUUCGUGGUUCUCCAAGCCUCAGCCACAUCGAUCAGAACACUCUAGGUCAGAAAGCCUCAAACCCGGCCAAGAAAAGGGUAGCCGACUGUACCAGCCUUGGCGUUUCGCAAAGCUUUCGCACAACAGGCGAUAUCUUCAUUACGCCGACUUUGCCGAACAGACAGCACACGAUCCUGGUCUAGAAGCUUUGACGGAGAAGAUUGAUUUGCUCUCCACCAGCUCGGUGGUAUCGAACGUCUCCAACGCGGAUGAUGCCGCAGCAGCAGGAGAGAACGGAAACCAGGCGUCGUCAAGCUUAACGAGUCUCACCAAGGACGCCAAUUCCGCGUCUGCAGCGGCUAAAUCGACAACGAAGAUCACCAUCUACAGCCUUUCCGAGAAUGUCGCACCAGAGCUGGCCAGCCUCGCCGCAGCAGGCAAGACCAAGGAGCAGCCGAUCCUGACGCUCCAUCCCCUCAACCACAGUUUGGCAUCGGAGUGGCUCGAUGGUCUGCUUAUGCUCCUCAACCAGGCGCCCAUUACGGCCGAGACCAACAAGCUCGUCACGCUGGUCAGCGAUUACGGCCUCAAAAUACGUCUUCUCAAUGUUAGGGCUGAGGCGGUGGAUAAUGGACCGGUCCCGGGCGGUGGUCAGGUGCCUAGUCGGGAGGGGCUGGAUGAGGAUUAUUACUAUGAGAUCUGAGGCUGAUGGUUGGACCUUGUCGACGGUCUCCGUUUCCUACAAAGUCCCCCUUCAUGUCUUUUCCAGAUUCGGCCUAUCUGAUGUUGGACUGGAGGGAUGUCAUUUCCAUUCUCGUCCACAGGCAUCUCCGCUGGAACUCAAACGCGCUCCAUUUUGUUCCACCUUCUUUCUUCACGCUUACAUCACCUUUGUUACUAUACCCAAGAUCCCGUUAUUCUAUCAUCUUGUUCUAUCUACGUUAUUCUACCUUGCGUCUCACUCUACGCGGAGCUUUCGGUUUAUUUAAGGGUUGAUCAUACUGUAUUAUAUCAUAGAAGUAUUUGCUAAAAGAUAAUUUCCUGGA